AUGAAUUCGGAUUCAAUAGUGGGGCCUGAUGGCCAAUCUUCUCCUCCCGGAGGCUUACGAGAGAGGCUGGGCCAGCUGUUGGAGAGGACAUGGCAAGCACACCGUCCCUGGCUUGAGUGGCCGACCUCGUGGGAGGGUUUGCAAGAAUCCGACGACCACCUUCUGCUGAGGGAAUACUUGACGAGCCCACGCGUCCACAAGGAAAAGGUUGAAGAAGUUAGACGACAAUUUAUUACGGCGGUCAGAGCCAAGAGUUUGGCGACGGAGGGAGUGGCGGCCUUCCUGGAAGGGGGAACAACCGAUGAGUGGAUGCUUUACUCUUCUGACUGCAACAAAGCUGUCUUUAGACAGGAAGCCUUUUUCCAGUACUUGGUUGGAAUAAACGAACCCGACAUCCAUGCGGCAUACAUUUUGGCGUCUGAUGAGAUUGUAUUGUUUACCCCGAAAAUCCCGGAGGACGCCCUACGGUUCAUGGGCCCUCCAAAGGAUCCCAGCUUUUACAGGAGUCGAUAUGCAGUAACAGACGUUAUUGAGGUGAAGGAGCUGAAAGAAGUGGAGGAAGAGCUGCGGCGACGAGGGAUACAUACACUGCAUGUGCUGAAGGGGGUGAACUCCGACAGCGGGCGGCCAGUGGGACCUCCAAAGGCUCUCAGGAGUUUUUCAUCAUUUGCUAUCAAUGAUACGGCUCUUUACGAUAUACUUGUGGAUUGCAGACUCCGCAAGGGUGGUGACUUUAACGGCUAUGCCACAGACAUUACUUUCACGUAUCCGUCGAGCGGAACUUUUACAGAAGCCCAGAAAGCAAUAUAUGAGGCUGUGCUGGACGCGCAGUUGGCUGUCAUUGAACGCAUGCGACCGGGUGUCCAGUGGACAGAGCUUCAUCGUUUGGCGGAACGUACAAUUCUCAAGCACUUGAAGGCUCUAGGACUUCUCGUUGGAUCUCUGGAAGACUGUGUUGCUGCCAGUAUUGGAUCUGUCUUCAUGCCGCACGGUCUUGGUCAUUUUCUGGGGAUGGACACUCAUGAUGUUGGGGGCUUUACGCCGUCUUCGCCUCCGAGUGAUCUUCCAGGCCUCCGCUACCUCCGCACCACCAGGACCCUUGAAGAGGGCAUGUGUAUUACCGUUGAACCAGGAUGUUAUUUCGUUGACAACUUGUUAAAGCAAGCAGCGUCCAACCCUUCUCAAGCCCACUUGUUGGACUUCACUGUCAUCGAUAAGUACAGGUCCGUAGGCGGAGUUCGACUGGAAGACGAUGUCCUGGUCACAAAAGACGGCGUGCGCAACUUAACGGUUGUACCUCGGUCGGUGGAUAGUGUUGAAGAGCUCCUCCGUUCCGGUGUCAAGCCGCCGGGGCAGCGUCCGUGA